UCAAUUCGCUCGUUUAAGCAGUAGGGAGUUUCUGCUGGGGUCUGGAUUGGAGAUACAACGACCGGACCCUAACUUGUAUGAUUGGAAUCUAAAGAAAAACAGGAUUCCCCUCGUCUCAAAGAGUCUACAUGUCUAAUAUUUAGACAUGUUCAGCUUUGUGGAUAUUCGGUUAGCGCUGUUGCUUGCCGCAACAGUACUUUUGGCAAGAGGUCAAGGCGAGGAAGAUAUCGCGGCCGGCAGCUGUCAGUUGGACGGGCAGACUUACAACGACAAAGAUGUAUGGAAACCUGAGCCCUGCCAGAUCUGCGUGUGCGACAGUGGCAACGUAAUGUGCGACGACGUGAUCUGUGAAGACACCACCGACUGCGCCAAUCCAGAAAUCCCCUUCGGCGAAUGCUGCCCUAUCUGCCCAGACGAUGACGGUUCUUCAAAAGCAGAGGGACCCAAAGGUGACCGUGGACCCAAAGGUGACCGGGGCACCCCUGGACCCCCAGGCAAUGACGGCAUCCCCGGACAGCCUGGCUUUCCUGGACCCCCCGGACCCCCCGGGCCCCCCGGCCUUGGUGGAAACUAUUCUCCUCAAAUGUCAACCGGUUAUGAUGAGAAAUCUGGUGGAGGGAUGACUUUUCCCGGCCCUAUGGGUCCCAUGGGUCCCCGCGGUCCUCCCGGUCCCUCUGGCUCCUCCGGACCCCAAGGCUUCACUGGCCCCCCUGGUGAACCCGGAGAGCCUGGUGCUACUGGUGCUAUGGGUCCCCGUGGUCCUCCUGGCCCAUCUGGAAAGAAUGGAGAAGAUGGUGAAGCUGGCAAAUCCGGGCGCCCUGGUGAGCGCGGCCCAUCUGGCCCUCAGGGUGCUCGUGGAUUCCCUGGAACUCCUGGGCUCCCCGGCAUCAAGGGACACAGAGGCUUCAGUGGUCUAGAUGGAUCUAAGGGGGAUACUGGACCUGCUGGACCCAAGGGAGAGCCUGGCGUCACUGGUGAGAAUGGUGCUCCUGGCACAAUGGGCCCCCGUGGUCUCCCUGGUGAGAGAGGCCGUCCUGGUUCUUCUGGCCCUGCUGGAGCUCGUGGUAACGAUGGAUCUUCUGGUGCUGCUGGACCUCCUGGACCCACCGGCCCCGCUGGUCCCCCUGGUUUCCCCGGUGGUGCUGGACCUAAGGGAGAGACUGGUCCUGGAGGAAGUCGUGGCUCUGAGGGACCCCAAGGGGCACGUGGUGAGCCGGGUAACCCCGGACCUGCAGGUGCCGCUGGCCCAUCUGGCAACUCUGGUAGUGAUGGGGCCCCAGGCUCCAAGGGUGCUCCUGGUGCUUCUGGUAUUGCUGGUGCUCCUGGUUUCCCUGGACCCCGCGGUCCCCCUGGACCCCAAGGCACUGCUGGUGGACCCGGUCCUAAGGGUAACAAUGGUGAAGUAGGUGCCACUGGAUCCAAAGGAGAGCCCGGUGCCAAGGGAGAGUCGGGUCCUGUAGGCAUUCAGGGACUACCUGGUCCUGCUGGAGAGGAGGGCAAGAGAGGUGGUCGCGGUGAGCCUGGCGGUGCGGGACCUCGUGGAGCCCCUGGAGAACGCGGAGCACCUGGUGGCCGCGGUUUCCCUGGUUCUGAUGGACCUGCUGGCCCCAAGGGCGGCCCUGGCGAGCGCGGUUCUGUUGGAUCAGUCGGUCCCCAGGGAGCUUCCGGUGAGCCCGGUCGCCCCGGUGAGCCCGGUAUGCCUGGAUCCAAGGGUAUGACUGGCAGCCCUGGCAGCCCUGGGCCUGAUGGCAAGGCCGGCCCUUCUGGUUCUCCUGGACAAGAUGGCCGCAGCGGACCUCCCGGCCCAGCUGGAGCCCGAGGUCAGCCCGGUGUCAUGGGAUUCCCUGGACCCAAAGGAGCUGCUGGCGAGGCUGGCAAGUCUGGUGAGAGAGGUGUUGCAGGACCUCCUGGUGCUAUUGGUGCCCCCGGCAAAGAUGGUGAUGUUGGUGGCCCUGGACCCUCUGGCCCUGCUGGACCUGCUGGAGACAGAGGCGAACAGGGACCCGUUGGUUCUCCUGGAUUCCAGGGACUUCCUGGACCCCAAGGUGCUACUGGUGAGCCUGGCAAGGGCGGUGAACAGGGAGGUCCCGGGGAAGUUGGUGGCCCAGGACCCUCUGGAUCUAGGGGUGAGAGAGGUUUCCCUGGUGAGCGUGGUGCCCCUGGUGCUGUCGGCCCUGGUGGUCCUCGUGGAUCUCCUGGCCCCUCUGGCAAUGAUGGUGCAAAGGGUGAGGCCGGUGCUGCUGGUGCCCCCGGUGGUCAGGGGGGCCCAGGUCUCCAGGGGAUGCCCGGUGAGCGUGGUGCUGCAGGACUUCCAGGCCUCAAGGGUGACAGAGGUGAUGGUGGUCCCAAGGGUGGUGAUGGUUCUCCUGGAAAAGAUGGCAUUCGUGGUAUGACUGGUCCCAUUGGUCCUCCUGGCCCUGCUGGUUCCCCAGGCGAGAGGGGUGAAGGUGGACCUGUUGGUCCCUCUGGACCUACUGGUAGUCGUGGUGCCCCUGGAGAUCGUGGAGAGACUGGUCUGCCUGGACCUGCUGGAUUUGCAGGACCUGCUGGUGCUGAUGGUCAGCCUGGCCCUACUGGUUCCAGUGGUGACACUGGUCCUAAGGGUGAUUCUGGUCCCCCAGGCAACGCUGGACCUGUUGGUGGCCCUGGACCUCAGGGUCCUGCUGGUUCCACUGGACCUAAAGGUGCUCGUGGUGCUGCUGGACCUCCUGGUGCUGCUGGAUUCCCUGGUGCUGCUGGUAGAGUUGGACCCCCAGGCCCUGCCGGUAAUGGUGGCCCUCCUGGACCCCCAGGACCUUCCGGAAAAGAAGGACAGAAAGGUCCUCGUGGUGAGACUGGACCUGCUGGCCGUCCCGGUGAGUCUGGAGCUGCCGGAUCUUCAGGACCCAGUGGAGAGAAAGGCUCCCCUGGAUCUGAUGGCCCCUCUGGUCCUCCUGGUAUUCCUGGGCCUUCUGGUAUUGCUGGUCAGCGUGGUGUUGUUGGUCUGCCUGGACAGAGAGGCGAGCGCGGCUUCCCCGGUCUCCCUGGCCCACUGGGAGAGCCUGGAAAGCAGGGAUCUGGUGGCCCUGUUGGUGAGCGUGGACCUCCUGGCCCCAUGGGACCUCCUGGACUGAGUGGUGCUCCUGGCGAGCCUGGCCGUGAGGGUUCUCCUGGUAACGAGGGUUCUUCUGGUCGGGAUGGACCUCCUGGCCCCAAGGGUGACCGAGGUGAGAAUGGUCCUUCUGGUGCUCCUGGUGCCCCUGGAGCUCCUGGUGCCCCUGGUCCCCUCGGUCCAUCUGGAAAGACUGGUGACCGCGGAGAGGCUGGCCCUGCUGGUCCCGCUGGUGUCGCUGGUGUCGCCGGAGUCCGUGGCCCUUCCGGCCCCGCCGGUGCCAGAGGUGACAAGGGUGAGACGGGAGAAGCUGGUGAGAGAGGCAUGAAGGGACACAGAGGCUUCACUGGUCUGCAGGGCAUGCCCGGACCCCCAGGUCCUUCUGGCGAGCAAGGACCUGCUGGACCUUCUGGCUCUGCUGGCCCUAGAGGACCUUCUGGCAGUUCUGGUUCCGCUGGUAAAGAUGGCCCUGGAGGUCUGCCCGGGCCUAGUGGACCACCUGGACCCCGUGGUCGUAAUGGAGAAUUGGGACCUGCUGGUCCUCCUGGACCUCCCGGACCCCCAGGACCUCCUGGAGCCCCCGGUGGUGGAUUCGAAAUUUCCCUGCCCUACAUGCCUGCCCAGGAGAAGGCACCUGAUCCCUACAGAGCUGGCUACAGAGCUGAUGAUGCCAACAUGAUGCGUGACCGCGACCUGGAGGUUGACACUACCCUCAAGACCAUGAGCCAGCAGAUCGAGAACAUCCGCAGCCCACAGGGCACAAAGAAGAACCCUGCCCGCAGCUGCCGGGACCUGAAGAUGUGCCACCCUGACUGGAAGAGCGGAGAGUAUUGGAUUGACCCCAACCAGGGAUGCACUCUGGAUGCCAUCAAGGUGUACUGCAACCUUGAGACUGGCCAGACAUGUGUCUACCCAACUCAGCCUGACAUUCCCAAGAAGACCUGGUACACAAGCAAGAACACCAAAGAGAAGAAGCACGUCUGGUUUGGCGAGGCCAUGACUGAUGGUUUCCAGUUCCAGUAUGGCAGUGAGGGCUCUGACUCAGAUGACGUCAACAUCCAGCUGACUUUCAUGCGCCUGAUGUCCAACGAAGCCUCCCAGAACCUCACAUACCACUGCAAGAACAGCAUUGCCUACAUGGACCAGCAGGCCGGCAACCUGAAGAAGGCCCUGCUCCUGCAAGGAUCUAACGAGAUCGAGAUCAGAGCCGAGGGCAACAGCCGCUUCACCUACAGCGUCAGCGAGGAUGGCUGCACGUCACAUACUGGCGCUUGGGGCAAGACAGUCAUUGAGUACAAGACAACAAAAACAUCACGCUUGCCCAUCAUUGACAUCGCUCCUAUGGACGUUGGUGCACCCAAUCAGGAAUUUGGCAUUGAAGUUGGCCCAGUCUGCUUCUUGUAAAAAUGAAAUCUGGACUUGAAAUUGUUGUUUUUCUAGCAGUCAUCUCUCUAAACUCUUUUUCUAUGCAUUAAAAAAAAAACCUAAAAUGUCAUUCGGCUGAAAACGGUCCACUUGCUUAAAACUACAGUCCUGAAGACGGUGUUUGUGUCUUGUCAACUUCUAAAACCAUUUUUGGGACCACUACUUUUAUCAAGCAACAUCAAGGGACACUUUAAAAAAAUCUUUUGUUUCACUGGCAACAGGAAAAUAAUUUGUAAGUGUAAAAUCCCCCUGGAGUAUACAAGGAAAGCAAACAUAAUGAAAUACAGGUGACUUUUUUACCAUGUUUUUUUGUUUUUGUUUUUUUUUUUACUGAUGCGGAAGGACAAUGACAAAAACAAACGAAUGCUAUGUACCAUUUCUGGUGUUUAAUAAAUUUGAAAAACAACAGUUAAGUGUCUUGUUGUUCUAACCACAAGGGAAACAGCCACUGGAGAGCCAUUGUUCUUAAAAGUCACCGAAAAAAUGUUAGAGACAGGGGUUAAUUUUUAAAUCUUAUGGCUACCUCAGAAAAGAUAUCCAGAUUGUUCUGAAACACCAGGAAAGGUUUGACACAAAACGUAUGUUUUGAAAAGCAAGUGGCCGCUGUGAAAGGUGCUAUUUUUUUUCAGGAGGUCCUAUCAAUGGUGUACAAUGCAAGAUCUACUAUUGUAGUUUUAUAUUAUUGUCACUGAUGCUUGUAGGAUCUUUGGUGCUACAGUUCAAAAUAAAUAAAAUCUCUUGCUUGUCAGUGGAGCAAAACUGGUUGUAAUUCUUUUUAAAGUGUUGUUUGAGAAGCUCUACAGCGGAGUUCACCAGUGAGAGUACAUUACUGUAGAUAUGUUCCACGCAAUCCUGUCUGAUGUAGAUUAAGCAUGUGGAUUUGUUUUAAGUUUUGUUGCAGUUUUUUUUUCCAAGUUCUUGUCACCUACAUUUUCCCUUGAUUUUCAUGUUUUCCGGUCGUCAGCCCCCAGCCCAUCCUGUUGUCAUGCUGUUGCUUCUGCAGUACACCUCUUUCAAGAGUUUGUUUUUGUUUGUUCGUUCUUUUUCUUUUCAGCAAAAGGAUUUUUUGUUUUUUAAAUGAAAACAAGGAAAAAUGGAAAAGAUUUUAAAAAAUCAUCAAAGAAGCAGACACAUUCUGGGGGUUCAACACAAGAAGAUCUGUACCUAUUUUGUAUAUGUAUAAUAAUUGGAGAUGUUUUUAAUUAUUUUGGAUGCUGAAAUAAAGCAUGUUAAGUGGUCUACCUUA